AUGGGCUUAAUGUCUAAGGAUCGAAUGUGGCUGCCCUUCUCCGAUCGCAACACCGUUGGAUGGGGACUGGGUUUUGCUGCAACUAGUGGAAUCCUCAUGCUACUCAGUAUUUUUUGUCUCAUCGUUGACCAGAUAGCCCACUAUAGUGAGCAGAUAUACUACAAGCUUCUCGAAGAAGGCGGUUUGCCUGCAGUUCAAUUGAUUCCACCUGAUUUCACCUCCGGUGUGGGGGAACUGCCUGCUCGGACAAUGCCACCUGGCGCUUCUGCAAUCGGUGCUGCUUCUGAGUCCAAAUUGGGUGGAGUUCCUUCACUCUUUUUGACCGCCUCGCUGCCGUCCGUUGCCGGCAGUACGGAAAGUGGAGGUAGACAUGGGGGUGGGGGACCAGCUGCUCGGAUUUCUUCUGUUCUGGGCAGUGCUAAGAGCGCUCUCCUGACGCGCUACGGCGAGACAAGAACUGCGAUUCCUGGGAUGUCUAUGAGGCCCGAGAUACCAGCAACCUCGGGUGCUUUGGCGUCUGCAAAAUUGAGGCAAAACCUACAGUGCGAGAGACCGACGGAACCCGUGUCGACAGCGGCAGCGGCGGGUGCACAACCAUCCAGCUAUUCGGCGCGCUCACUCAGUCUUUCGAGGAUCGGUGGGAAGCAAGAAAAACCGGUUAUCGUGUACGGAACCUCGCAAGGCAAUAUUCUAAAAGAUUCUGCUGUCUAG